UCCAUACAUAUUUUAUUUCACAGGAGAAUAUAGAUUCAAUUUCUGUUCAUAUUGCGCAGGUUUACUUUAAUUAUUUAUAACCAGAAUGUGAAACACAUGCGCUCAAUGUAAUUUAUGGGAAUGAACAUACAUAUCCAGCGAUCUUUUAUUUAGUAUACUCCGCUAUAUUAUUAAUUCCUUUUGUUAUUCAUAUAUUUUUGAACACCAUGUAUAUGACCAUGAAGCGAGAAGUGUGUUGUAGAUUAACAUCGUACUAGUUGUGAAUAGUCUUCUGAAAUUAGCCGAGAUGCGCGGAAGUGUUACAGUUCUCUCACGGAACGAAGAAUAUACCUUUUCUAUUUUUAUAUUUUUAGGUGUGUAUAUAUAGAUGUACAUAUAUGCGUGGUGCGCUAUAUUGCAUUGGGCGUAGUAAUAAAAGCAGUAAGCCACCGUCGAGGACUAGCGUCCUCAAGCGACUAUCUCGACGAACAUUAUACGUUCAAUGGUUAAUCAAAUUCCUGUCCCUCAAGCAAAAUAUGAACUGUUAACUGACGUUAGACAACCUCGUUGGAAAUCACAAGUUUUGUGCUUGCUACUAGUGUCUCUAGUAUUUGCAAUUCUAUUUGUAACACGUGCUUGGAUAGGAAUUGUUAUCCUUCGCUCUCCAAGAGCUGAAUCUUUUGAUACAGAGACAUUAGUAGACAAUGCCAAGAUUGCUACGUGGUUACGUCGGGCUCGGAUGUACGCCGAGUCGACGAAGGAGAACCAGAAUGCGGACAGGAACAACAGUAUCAGUUCGCCACAGCAUUACAACACCAACUCCUCAAGGCAGAUCAUUGUCUGUUAUUACACCAUACAGAGCAACCUGAACACGUUCUGGGAGCUCAGUCCGUCGCACAUUGACCCUAAUCUUUGUACGCAUAUUAUCGUGGGUUUUGCGAGCGUGGUGAACUGUAGUCUAUAUUUGGAUGGCAAUUCAUCAAUUUACAAGGACAUUGUUGCCUUGAAAAAGCUGCAACCUGAAUUAAGGGUCAUGAUCAGUGCUGGCGGCAGUAAUGAGCUCCACUUAGGUUUUUCAGAAAUGGUAAAGAAUCAUGCUAAUAGAAAAAGGUUUAUAAGAUCAGUGUUAAAUAUAACAAAAACAUUUGGUUUUGAUGGAUUGGACUUAGAUUGGGAAUUUCCAGCAUGGCUCGGAGCCGACGAUCGAGAAAAAAUUCGUUUUACACAACUAUUAGAAGAAUUACGAAUAGAAUUUCGCCGAGCUGGAGAAACACUAAUUCUUUCUGUCGCAGUAGCUGCUCCACAAGCUAUUGUUGAUCAGAGCUAUGAUGUUGCAGAAAUGGCAAAAUACGUAGAUUUUGUGAAUUUGAUGUCAUAUGAUUAUCAUUUCUAUGUUUGGUAUUACCCAAUAACUGAUCUUAAUGCACCACUUUUCCCACGACUUGCCGAAUCUGGAUAUCUUUCUACUUUGAAUGUUAACUUUUCGGCCCAAUAUUGGAUCUCAAAAGGAAUGCCAAGGGAAAAGUUAAUUAUUGGUAUUCCCACUUAUGGCCAUUCUUAUAGACUAGAUAAUCCACUAAAUCAUGGUUUACAAGCUCCAGCAAUUGGUUUUGGAAAAUUAGGUGAAAUGGGUUUUGUUGCUUAUUAUACAGUUUGUCAGUUUCUUCAAAAUGGCGCAAAGAGUGUUUUUGAAGAUGAAAGCAAAGUUCCCUAUGCUUAUAAAGAUAGAGAAUGGAUAUCAUAUGACGAUAUCACAAGUGUUUAUUAUAAGACAGAAUGGAUUCGUACCAAUAAUUUUGGAGGAGCAAUGAUACUAUCCUUAAAUGUUGAUGACUGGAAUAACACGUGUAAAUUUAAUGAAACAUUUCCUUUAACUCGUACUGUUACUAGAGUUCUCAGGUAUCGGGAAGAUUGAUUAAUAUACUAGUCGAUCUCUCUUUAAUUAUAAUUUACAUUCCAAGUUUCUAAGCAUUGCAUUCUAUAACAAAAUGUACCUCAGUUAUAGCAUUACUUGUAUUUGUAAAUGCAUUUAAAGCUUUUUGCAACAUAAAAUGCUUUAGAUUAUCUAAAAUCUAUUGCAAAAAUUCAUUUUAAAUGAUAAACGUGAUAAAUUAAUUUUAGUAUCAAUAUUUUUAACAGAGUUAGUUAAAUACAACUCUAUCAAAACACUACUUGAAGAUAAUCAAAAAAACUUUUUAAAGAUAUAUAUUAUAAUUAAUAUCAUAUAAACACUAUAUAUUACAGACCUCCUGUCUUAAUAUCUGUUAAAUAGUUAUAGUACAAAAGGAAAGCAUAGUAAUAUAUAAGAAUUAAACGAAAAUAAAAUUUAUAAUAUUUGUUUAAAAAUUUUGUAAGCUGAAGUAACCAAAGUAUUUAUUUCAUAUAAAACUAUAAUUUCAAAAACAGUUUAAGUUGAACACAAUUUUCAUAAUUACAAUUUUUCAAGCUGUUAUCAAUGUAAUAAAUGAAAACAUUAACUUUUGCUGUAUUAUGACAAAUUAGAAAAAAUUGUAUAUAGACGAAUUUAUUAUAUUUAAUUUAGAAAAAAUUAAUCUACUUAAAUGAAGAUAAGAAUUAUUAUAUUCAUUUAAUUAUGUUCAAUUAUAACCAAUUAUUGCAAUAAAACUAAGAAAAAUGAACUAUUAUAAUAAUAAAAAUUAAUUUAUUAUGAUACAGGUAAAGUUCAAUAUAAUACACCCUAUAUAUGUAGAUAUAAUAGAGUAAAUUUAUUAACAAGUAAGAUUUAUUAGUAAAUAAAAAAGGAAACAAUAUUCUUAAUAUAUUAUAAGAAAAUAAACGUUGUUCUUAGUUUUACUGCGGUAAAAGUAAAAAAAAUAUGUUAUGAAAUAGUUUAAGUGUGAAAAUUUCGUCCAUAUUUGAACUAAAUUUUUAAUCAAGUAUUUUAUUUUUUUCACUUUACUAUGUAUACCUUUUGUGAACGAUUCCAUGUAAUAAAAAGAUUAAUAAAACACCAUUGAAUUCCUUAUAAACGUCUCAAUGGUUAUUUUUUAUACUUUUACAACAACGACUUCCAAAAUGAAAUACAUGGUUUUCAUUAUAUAUUACUUGAACAUUAUAUAUAUUAUAAAAACAAGAAAAAUAAAUGAUGUGCACAAUGCAAAUAUAAAACUAUAAUUGCUUAUAUAUAUUUCCAUUUAGGAAACGAAUAUUGAAUGCAUGAGCAUGAAAUUCGUUU